CUUGGAUGUGAUAGAUAUAGAACAUCCAAAUCAUGCUUCAAAGCAUGUCCAACUAAAAUACGUCCUCUUAAAAUCUCUGCUACUUCUUUUUGAACAACUUGAAAGUCUUCUCCAUUUUGAAGAUCAUGGGGCCGGAUACCACUCACUUUAGUUCUGUAAUCUUGAACAGGCUCCCUUGGUUUAACAUAUUUGUCAUAAAUGCAGUAGCUGUGGGAAUUCACAAUAGACACCCUAGCUAUCAUACUUUCAGUGCCGUCACCUAUGCCUACCAUCUCACAAUCCAUAGCUAUAUGCUUUGUCAGUUUCUUCUUAUGAUUAUCAUAAUCUUCUUCUUCUUCGUUGAAUUGUGGCUUAGUGUCCGGACUCAGAAUAAGUGUAUGUUUCUUCUUAGACCUUUGGUGAUAAGGAACCGACUUUUUCUUAACAUUUUCUUUGCCGGGAGUAUCUACUUCUACGGGAGAUGAGUUGGAUACUAUGUUUUUAAACAAUUCCCAAUUACGGCCAGAAGCGUUCCGCUCCGUAUGUGGUGUAACGCGUUGGGUAUUCCUUCUAUUUUUUUCGUUCAUUGUUCUUUUAGUUGCAGACUUUUUAGAUCGACAUUGCUUCUCUUUGCCUUCGUCUUUUCUAAAAUUGAAAAUAGCCACAAGAAAAGAACAAUUAAAAUCGAUAACGUACAAAAUGUUUCACAAUUAUUUUCCAAAUCUAACCUUUCCAUUUAACACGUGUACGUAUACAGAGAUAAAUCUCUUGAGAAAACGUACAGCUAUUAUCAAACUUCAGGUAUAGAUUAUUUAUUUUCAAAUGUGGGUGAAAAUAUAUUCACUUAAUUGAAAAUACUGGUAAAAUUGGUUAGAUAAUGUGUCAACUCAAACAUGGCGGCACAAAUUCAAAACACAGUUAUAAAAUUCAAAUAUGAAGGUCCAUCUUUCUUCCUCGAGUAUUCCAAAUGAUUUGUAGGAAAGUAUUACAAACUGAUACUCAAAAUUUGACUGACCGAUUGAAGUUCUUCUCUGGUUUUGUUUUCGAUAAUGUAUGUCAUUGACGAGAAUAUUAUGAAUGAUACACCAAGUAAAAAAUUUAACUUUAUGAUAGAAAAAGUUCUCAUACACACUGAACUGUUUGAACUGACAAUACUGCCUUCAAUACAACACCUAUUUACAGUUCAGUAUUUUGAACUAGUAUAGCAGUGUGGGUUUACGUAAAUAACUUUUGGUAUAAUGUUAUAUUGAAAGAAAGUAUUGUCAGCUAAAAGUAUAGUGGAAUCUUCUAUACUUCAAUUAAUCUAGGGGUUAAGUAUUUUUAAAUGCAACGGUUUUAGGAGGUCCGUGGAACGACGCCUUUGUGUACGGUUAAAUGAGUGUUUCGACGGUUUUCUCACCUUAUAAAUAAUACCAUUGCAAUUAAACACACGGUGAAAAUUAAAUAAGCCACCAUGAUAUGAUAACCACCAAAAAUAUUCUUGAGUUUACGUUUGCCAGAUUUAAAUCGAUGAAUCAGAUUUGUCUAAGGUUCGCGUAGUUCGAUGGUUACCGUCAUCCGAAUAUGAAUGUUUGUAUCAGAAUUUUCUGUUUAUAAAUGUUACAUAACUAAAGAGUCAUGGAAGAUGAAAGCAAUAAUACAAUCAAGGAUGCUUUUCCGGAACCACGAAAAAAAUUCUGGCUGCGAUCAAGAAAACGUCCAAAAAGUGAUGCUCUUAGCAUUUGUUCAAUGGAUAUAUCCAUAGAGUCGGACUUAGGCAAAAAGAAGAAAAGAAGGAGAAUCACUGAAGUAGCUAGCAGUAUUUUUUCCUCAUCUACCUUAGGCAAUAAACAGGCAAAUGUUCUUCAUACAUCUCUGACAAUACAGCCAAAUACAACAGAUUUAUCCUUUGUGGAUAAUGAACCAGAUACAGAAACAUUAAAAAGAAAACGGAACAAAACUAUUGAAAGCGCUAAUAAUCUUACACUUCGAAGUUGGUUACUUGAUGUCUCAAAGGUAAAUACCAAAGACAGACCAAACUAUGCCUUAAGCCGCAAAGAAGUAAAAAGGCAGGAGGCAAUUUAUGAAUUGUACUGUGGAGAAAAUGUACUUAUUAACGACUUAUGCAUUCUCAAAGACUUUUAUCAUGAACCACUGAUACCUACCGGUAUCUUUAAUUCAGAGGAAUUGUUUACACUUUUUGGAUGUGUAAAUGAUCUCAUUGAGAUACAUACUAGACUGAGGGACAAGUUAAUUGAAUUAAGAGAUCAAUAUGGAUAUACAGAUACUAUUGGCCCUACCAUACUAAAUUGGAUCUCUACCUUAACAAAACCAUAUUUAGAAAGAUGCAGAACACAAAUAUGGGCCAAACAUUUAUUAGAUGAAAAGAGACUGACAAAUAAACGUUUUCAAUCUUUUAUGAAAAAACGUUUGGAGUCUCCACAUUCAAUUGAUUUAUGGACAUACAUAGAUGUAGCUCGAUCAAGGAUUGUCAAAUAUCCUUUAUUGGUCAAAGAAAUACUCAGGCACACUCCAGCAUCCCAUUCAGAUCAAACAUCUUUAAAAGAGGCAUACGACAUGUUAUCCAAAUUACUUAAUAAUGUAGAUAGAAUUAUGGGUACUGCAGAAUGCAAGUUGGCUCAAUCGAAAAUUAAUACAACAGAAGAUGAGCACGGGAAAAGACAUUGGAUUGAUUCAUUGAACAAAGUUUGUAGAUUCAAAAUAGAUUUAACGGAAAGUAAAAUUGAUAUUAAUGAAAAGGAAAAUCAACAAACUGUGGCACUGGUAAAAAAGAAUCAAUCUAGUAGAUCUACUCUGAAUAAGAAAAGUGAAAAUAAUUUUCUAACAUUAAAAAGAAGCUUCUUGAGACAAAAACGAGACAGUAUUGAUUGUACUUAAUAUUACAAAUCUUAUACUCGCCAAGAUUAGUUUUGAUAUGAAGUUUUUAUAUUCAUGUAUUUAUAUAGAAAUUUUAUAAAAUUUUGAAGUGCUUCAGAGUAUUAUUAUAUUAAAAACAAUUUUGUGUGUAUCAUAUUCAGAGAUUACAUUCCAUUCUUAAGUAUAACUACAAAAAAUGUAUAUUUAUGAUAAUACAUGUACUUAUGUAUGUAUUAUUUAAACAUUUUAAAGGAAUUAAUACUGACUUCAGAUAUAUAAAUUAUAUAUAUACACAUAUAUAAUCAAAUAAUGGUUAAUGUGUUAAUGUGAAAGUAAGGGACACAAACGUUUUUAUACACGCUUGUGAAAGCAUGAACUAAAAAAUAUGUACAAAAAUAUUUCUAAGUUUAAAGAAGCAGAUUUAUGUAUUGUAAUUAGAUCAAAAUGUGAUUCUAUCGCUCAUUUUAAAGGCAGUUUGUAUAUUGUAUAUAUUUAUGUACACAUGUAUUUUACAAUGAAAUUAUUUUGUUAAAAAUAUCUUAUACUACAAUACAAAUGUAAGAGCUGGAAAUCCAUGUUAAAUCUUAUGGAAAAUGAUUUUAUUUUCAUGAUAUUGUAAUAAAAUAACA